AUGAGUUCUCGCCAACUCAGUCCUAACCCUAAAGUUACGCGACUGCGGCCACGACGUGCGUGUGACGAAUGCCGAAAGCGAAAGCGAAAAUGCGAUGGCGGAUUGCCUUGCUCGACGUGCGUCCGAUAUGAAUACACCUGUAGACAUGAAUUUGGGAAGUCGCCAAGAAGUGGUCGAGCUGCGCCUACUGCGUCACAGAUGACGCUCGCGGGGCGCUUACCACUAAGGCCCGAACACCUUCCGUCAAAUGCCCCAGUACCAACCAGAGGCAUUGAAGAACAGGCGAGCUUUCUGGAACGCGAGAAAGGAAGAUUUAUAAGCCACGCCUCUUCAAUUUCCCAGGCAAGAUCAUUAGGAUUAGGGCUUGAACUGCCUGAUCCUCCACGCCUUCAUUCAUUUGGGUAUCAUACUGGAAUUCGAAAAGAAUGCGAGAGCUCCUUGUCGAUUCGACUUCCAAGGCUUCUUUCCUGGGAUCAAGCAAGCAGCUGCAUCGAUGCAUUCAGAUCCGUCGUUCACCCAGUCUUUGGAUUUUUGGAAAUGGAAACGGUGUUUCAAAGGGCUGAGGCACACUGGCAGGGCCAACUCGAGGAAUUUCCUUUCGAGGCAGUGAUCACCGGUGUCAUUGCAUUGGGGUCUUUAUUCUCCAACCAUCUUGACCAAGAAAUGGAGCUAGACAUUGUGCUUCAUGCAAAAAAUGUGCUUGAUGAUUCUGUCAUCAGCCGCCGACCCUCGCAGGAUCUAGUCGUGGCCUGGAUAUUAAGGACCAUUUAUUCUCGCGCAACUGGUCGACCCAAUGUAGCAUGGCUGCAAAGUGCUACCACUUUACACUUGAUCGAGAUUACCGGAACAUAUUACGAUGGAACACCACUAGCCUCUUCUGUAGAGGGUGCGAAUAAGUCAACGCAUGACGACUCUGAUAUGCGUGCUCGCAUCACGUCCGUUGCGCAGAGCCUUCACGUUAUGAUUGCAUAUGAUUAUGGAAAGAGUAUGAUAUAUCUUGACCCUGCUAUAUAUCGACAUAUCAGACCACGAAAGGGUGAUUUCACAUUGCAAUUAUCUGAACUGACCAACAAAAUCUCGACUGCAACAACUCAUCUGGAUCCUAUCGCCAACCAGACCCAUCUUUUGCAGGCCAUGGAGCAGUUGAUGGCCAUACCAGUAGAUCAUGACUUCCUGCUCCUAGUGAAGGCGGAGCUAUGUUUCGCCAUUCAUCGUCGUCUCCAGAUCACGGGCCUUAGUCUUACGAGACAACAAAUCAAGCUCAUAGUUGAAGCAGGCACUGCGGCUCUGCCUGCAGCCCGGCGUUUGUCAACACAACUCCAUCCUUGGUGGAAUAUCACCAAUGCGCUUUUUCAGUUCGUGUGCGUAUGUCUCUCAAUUGGGACAACAGAGACACUAACACAUGUCCAAUUAACAAUUGAAACUUUCGAGUUGGUCAUUCAGCAUUUUAACACCCAUCUUACUCAGGAAGCUUUCAGCACAUUGCUACUAUUAACUGGUGCAUGCCAGGGUGAGAAGCAGAAACAAGCUGACCUCCUUCGGUUAGCCAAGGGAGUGCGAUCAGAACAUGAUGCUCCAUUUCGAGGACAAGGUGAUUUGGCAAUGUUUGAUCCACAAGUUGCUUCUCUCUUUGAGCUUUACCCUGAGUCUCCAUUCACCGAUCUACAAACAAUAUUCAAUAUCUAA